UGAAUUUUUAAAUAAGUCGGGGAAAUACAGUGAGAAAGAGAGAGAGAGAGAGAGAGAGAACAAUACUUAUAGUUGGAAUUUUAAUAUGGACUUUUUUGAAACAAUUAUUGUAGCUACGAUAACAUUUGUUUUCGGUAUAAUAUGUACGCUCAUAUUGGAGUUUUACUUGUUGAAAAAAUAUUUGGAAACAGGACCCUUAGCGAAACCUCCAGAGGAAGGAGUGAAACAUGGAAAAGCGCAGCUACCUCAGGAAUUACUUGAUAAGAUACAAAAUGAAAAAACAAAUCCUAAUAGUAAUAUCGCACGACAAAAUAUUUAUCAAGGAAAUGAAAAUCUAGCGAUAAACCUUACUUUGCAAUUUCUUUUCAACGAAUUACGUGAUGCCGAACGCGUUCGUCUCUGGCUUUAUAGAAAAUUGAACAAUGAGUUUAAAGAACUCUUAACGCAAUCCACUACUGGAAAAUUACUUGAUAGUGUCAAGUUGAGAAAUUUAAAUUUGGGUACCCAAUUUCCAACGAUAAAGGGUUUGGAAGUAGCUGAUUCUAAGAUAGAUGCAGAUACUGGAUUAUUAGAAUCAUUAGAUUUAUCCCUUGAUUUGCAUUAUUCAGGAAAUUUUCAAAUGUCUAUAGACGUUAAAAUGUUAUUGGGAAAAACAGCUUACAUGGCUCUGCAAGUGAAACGAGUUACCGGUCGAGCUAGAUUACAAUUCACACGUGUACCGUAUACACAUUGGUCUUUAAGUUUUUAUUCCGAUCCUAUUUUGGAAUUGGAAGUACAAUCUCAAUUUCAAGGUCGUCAACUGCAACCACAAAUAAUAUCGUUAAUUACCGGACAAAUAAGAAGAGCUGUACGUCGGAAGCAUACAUUGCCACGAUACAAAAUGCGUUAUAAACCAUUCUUCCGUAGAUUAAAUGACGAAGUUAUGGACCUAUCUGAAGUCGCCGGUAUGCAAUUUACUCCAGGAUUUUUAGAAGUAACGUUAUUAGAAGUUAGUAGAUUAAAUGUUGGGCCUAACAUGCUCAAUGCAGAAGAUAUUUCUCAAAUAGAAGUGCACUGCACAAUGAGCGUAGACUCGACACCUUGGGUACAUUUAACGCAAUAUAACGGUGUACCUUACAUGAUAUUAGAUUUAAUUAUUAGCAAAAUUAGUUCCCAACAACUUGGCGUAGUAUUUAAACAAGAACUUGUUCCUGAAAUUGGCCAAGUAUGCGUAUUAGUUGAAACUAUAGUAUCCGGAAGUCCAGCAGCUAUAGCUGAGAUGAAAAAAGGUGACAUUUUAAUAGCCGUAGAUGGUAAAAAAAUCGCCAAUAUGAAUCAAGUAGCGAAGCUUGUUAAAAGCGCUGUACAGAGACGUUUCAUUAUUAGAGUAGAAAGAAAAUAUGUCAAAGUAGACUCGGAGAAACAAACUUCUAUCAAAACUGAUAAUGAAACUAAGUCUGUUAUAGACAAAAUUGUAGACAAAAAAACAAGCAAAAUUGAUUCUACUGGAAUCAAGGGAGAUAGUACAGAUGAUCUUAGCAAAAUGAAAUUGGAAAGUCCCGUUAAAUUAUUAGAUUUAAAAGAUACCGAUAGCGAGAAUGUAGAUAAGUCAGAAUUUUCUAGUAGAUUGUUUAGAAGAAGGAGAAGUAGUAAUACACAUAUCGCAGAAGAAACAACUCAAAUGCCUGAAACACCGUCGAGAAGAAUUUCAACUGCUUCCAGUCUAUCCACGACGUCUAGCAAUGUCCAAUUUUAUUCUAUCGACGAUACCAAUGUCACUAAUUUAUCAGAUUUAUAUUAUACUACGAAAGAAAAGGGAUUUGCUUCUUUAAUUACUUUUGAAGAAACUAGACAUUUCCAAAUAGAUUCCGAGCAGCAUUAUUUAAAUAUAGGUGUAUGGGGUCGUGUUAAAUCUUACGAAUAUACUCCUAAAUUAUUAGGAUACAUUAACGCUCCUAUAAAAUUAAUUGUAGCGCAGUGCGCUACAUCCUCCACGGGUCAUUAUCUCAAAUGUCAUGCUUUAUUACCACCGGAAAGUGCAUCUUUAGCGACAUCCAAUAAUAAAUUACAAGGGUACUCUGGUUUUGAUCCUACUCUUUGUUUCGGUGACAUUUUAAUGUCCUACAUGUGGGAAAGCAAUGUGCCAAAUCGUCAUAUCUCUAGUGAAUCUGUAAAAAAGGAAAAUGUAGAAACUAUUAAAGCUCAACCAAUUCAAAACGAAGAAGUAACUGGAAAAAAACUCCAUGAUUUUAUCAGAACGCACUUCCACAGAGCAACUCAUUGCGACUUUUGCACGAAAAAGAUUUGGUUAAAAGAUGCGAUACAAUGUAGAGAUUGUGGUAUGGUAUGUCAUAAAAAAUGUGAAGUUCGUUGUCAAGCGUCAGGAAUAUGCAGUUCGGACACUUUAGCGGCAUUGGCAUUAGAAGCAGAUGAAAUAGAGCCUACUGCUAAUAUUGGCGAGUCAAGUCCGGAGAUAUCUCUUACCGGUUGUGAAGAUAAUGUUCAGGGUGCAAGUAUGAUGGCCAUGAAGGCUAGUAUAGCUAACACACUCUUGGGCCUGAAGAAAGCUGGGAGUACCAGUUGUUUGGCUCCACCAACUUCCGGUAUCGGUCUGGCAUCUAGAAGUCUUCCCCCAAGUCCCUGUGCAUCCCGCAAGAGUUCAUUGGUUGGAGGUUUGGGUAUAAGUCCUGAACUUCUGGAAAGUGCUGAACCAAGCGUGGCAGCUCCUCUCGUGGCAGGAGAUUUGGAUGACGGUCUUAUGUCUAGAGCUAAGGAUACUGGAAAAUUCUUAUAUAAAUUUCUGAAGCCAUUAGAACGUGUCGAGAAAAUGAACGAUAUGAUAGGGAAACUAAAAACUGCCCUAGAUGCUGAAACUACCUCAAGAUUAGAAUUAUCUCAAAGCGGAGAGAACGAUAGUAUUAAAUUAAUUGCACAGAGUGAUUUAAGAGUGCAAGCAUUGAGUGUCUUACUUCUUCAUUAUUGUGCCGGUUUGCAGCAUGCGCAAGAGGCAUUAGAAAAAGCAAAAAACGAAAAUUGAAUUUGAAUCCAACCAUAUGUGACGCUGCAUGAUAAAACUCACCUAGCAUGUCAAAAUUCGAGUUUUGAGUUAAUGACGAAUUUGCAUAUUCUACGAUACCAUACAAUAAUAUAUUACAAGUGCGAAGUUGAUAUUGAAAGCGUAUUACUCCUGAAAAUUAAAAAAAUGCAACAAAA